AUCGCGCUAAUUCUAAAGGACUUGGUUUUUUCAAACUGGCUUUACUUAAAUUUCCAAAAACAAUCGAACUUGACAUUCAAAACAUAAAUCUCCUAAUCUUUUUAAAUAUCCAAACAAAAAAUUAUCGGGAAGCACUUUACCAAAUUCAGUAUAUUCGUACGCACAAAUUGAAACCCACUCUGCGUACCUAUGAUCUGCUGUUGAAUGCUUGCAGACUUGCAGGGAAUUUCAUUACGGCAAAAAAAUUAAUAAGGGAGAUGCGAGAACGGGAAAUGAUGGCUAAUGCGAUGAUUUUAAGCUCGAUACUUACCUGCACCGUAAAACUACCAAAAUUAGAGAUAACCGAUUUGUGUUGUGUGUUGGAACAAAUUGAAGAAUUCAAGCUGGAUAUGUCGUCGCUGAAGAAUGAAUCUUAUAAAUUUCCGUUCAAGAUUAAUUCACUUUUUUUGAGAUCAAUGUUUAAUGCAUAUUCUUUGGCUUUGGAUAUGGCUGAUGAACAAUUGCUGGAUGAGAAAUUAGAAACGUGGACAUUCUUUAAAGAUUUUUAUAAGAAAAAAUUGGAUUCGAUUAAAGAUCAUGAAAAGGAAGAAGAGAUUGAGAGUGAAUUCAAUACAGAAAGCUCAAAAAUUUCUUCAAACCGAGACAAUUUCCUAAACUUUGAAAAAGUGCCACCAAAAACUUUGAAAACUUCAUCAAAACAAAGUAAUCUCAUGUCCGAUGAUGAAAAAUUGUCACGAAAAUCAAAAGAUUAUCAAAAUGAUUCCGCGAGUAAUAAUGAAACUUCAGAACUAAGUUCGACCGGUCACGCAGAUUAUUUGAUGACGGGCGAACGAAAUGUAAAAUUAGUUCGAAAAAGAUAUAGGUCUAAAACUUUUGAUGCAGAAUUUAAUGAUGAAGAAAAAUCGCAACAUGAUUCAACUGACUUCAAAUCACGAGAGGAAAACUAUGAGGACAGAAGUUAUCGUGAUGAUGAUUCGAAUGAUGCGGAAGAUGGAUUUGCACGAAAAUCAAAAGCAGAAAAACCACUAAAGCAUCAAGAAAAUGAUGGCUUUCGGGCGGAAUCAGAUAUAAAAGGAAGAGCAAAACCAAAAUAUGAUGAAAGAGAAGGAUCAAAAGCAGAUGCAACAUCUCGUGAAGGUUCAUGGUCUAAUUCAACUUUUGAACGACAAGAAAAGCCAAGAUAUCGUGAUGGUGAUGAUGACUAUUCAAGAUUUGUAACAAGAAAUGGACCCAGUCAUACAGAGAGAAAUCAAACUACUAGAUUUAACAUCAAACCGACAGAGCAAAGACCGAGAUAUCAUGAACAAGAACAGGAAUUCUCUAGACCAAGGUUUCGUGAAAUAGAAGACAAUAAAGGAAAAUAUAGACAAAAUUAUGGUGCAGAAGAAAAUAAAUAUGACAAAGACUAUCAAAGCCAGCCAAAGUCAUGGGAUCGAAAGAUUAGUGGUAGAGGCAGUCUUCGUGAUACUCCACUACGGCAAUCAUCACUGCGAUUUAGUGAAAGAAAUUAUAGCAGAAGAUUUGGUUAUAAUGAGCAGCCUCAAAGAUCAUCUUUCAGACAUAAUUAA